GGUGUGAAAGGUGUAUCGGUGUUGCUUAGAGUCAAUUAGUUUGAUGUUGUCAAUGGUGUUGUAGUCGACUGGAUGCAUUGUGUUCUUCUUGGUGUUACUAAGCAAAUGCUUGGCUACUGGAUGCUAUCAUCUAAUCGAGGAAAUCCAUUUUAUAUUGGUGACAAGGUACAACAGCUUGAUAGUCGUCUGUUGAAAAUUAUCAUUCCAGACUUUUUCAGUAGGAAGCCAAGGUCUCUUGCAGAACACAAGUCUUGGAAAGCAAAUGAACUGAGAUCGUGGCUUCUAUAUUAUUCUUUGCCAAUACUGCAAGGAGUCUUGGCAGAUUUGUAUUAUGUUUACUUCCUUCUGUUGUCAGCAUCUAUUCACUUACUGACUAGAGAAAGUAUUGGAGAAGAAGACUAUACAGCUGCUUCUCAAUACUUAGAAGACUUUUGCAACAAAGCUGAAUUUCUCUAUGGAUCUGCUAUUUGUACUAUAAACUUGCACUUGUACGGCAUUUGCCAGCGGUUGCAAAGCGAUGGGGACCUCCGUGGGGCUUCUCUUGCUCUUGGUUUGAAAGUCUAAAUGGUCAGCUAAAGAACUUCAUUCAUGAACUCGAUACAUUAACAGCCAGGUAGCAUUUGCUGUCACGAUGUUUCAAAGUAUGCCAAAGUUAUUGCCAAGUCUUUUCAUUAUUAAUACACCGCUGUGGGUUAGGGAAUUUGCUGUGAAGUUAGCAAGAAUUGUUCACCAUGAAAUGUUUGAAUUGCCAAAUCAAUCUAUGACUGAAUGCGGUCAUUGCCAUAAGACAAUCGUUCCAUUGCGAUAUCAUGAUCAGAUUAAUGAAUGUUUAUAUCGACUUCAACGAGACCUUAUAUCUGACUCAGAUUGGAUUGAUCGAAUGCAACGUUAUAAGAUCAAAGGUCAAGUGUACGUAAAGAAAGGGGAUUCAAGGAUUAAACAACAAAAUGGAUAUACAAUUGCAUAUCAGACACAUCAAUGUAACACUAAAUUGUUGGGACACAUUGUGGACAUUUAUCUGGUGAAUGGACAUGUACUGUUGUACUUCAAAAAUGGUGAUGGUUCAACACAAUCCAGUGUUUUAUUAUGAAAAUGGCACUUUAGACAAGUACAAAAAUUUUCAACCUGAUCAAAUUCUAAUAGUGACUGAAACAGAAGAUUUUGUUGUUAUAGAGCAAUCUGAAAUUGUGAGUAAGGUAGUUUACCUAGAUUUUGGUAGCUGCAUGUCCUAUGUAUGUUUUAUUAACAAUUUUAUUGAAUGUGAUUAAAAUUACA